AUGGGCUGGGUCGUAAACGCCACGCCCGAGGUAGAGGCCAUCUCGCAAUGGCCAACCAUUAUCGGCGUCACUUGCGUCCUGUCUUUUCUGUCUGUCACCAUUGUCGGCUCUCGACUAUGGAUUCGGUAUACCGCUAGAGGCUUGGCAGCUGACGACUGCAUGUCGGCACUUUCUGUGGUGUUUGCUCUCAUCUACUCCAUUCUCACCAUCACUCAAACAAGAUACGGGCUUGGUCUGCCGAUCAAGCUGCGACCCAAAGAAGACCUUAUCAAGUAUACUCGCGUCAACUUUGCUGGGCGACCGUUCUAUCAACUUGGGAUUAGUUUCUUCAAGAUUGCCCUCUUGAUCAGUUACCUACGGCUACUCCAGAGAACCGAUCAGAAAGGCUACCGUCGAGCGGUGUGGCUCACAAUCGCUAUUGUCUUCCUUUCUCACCUGGCGUGCACCUUUUCGCUCAUCUUUGCCUGCACGCCUGUCGAUAAGUCAUGGAACCCCCUCAAAGAUGGGACUUGUCUCCCACCAGGCCCUUCUUUCACGGUAUACGCCGUCGUCACCAUUGUAUGCGAUGUCGUCGUGGCAAUUCUCCCCAUCCCGGUGUUGUUGAAGCUCCACGUCCGCAUUGAAAAGAAAGCCGGCCUCAUUGCCAUAUUCCUCCUUGGCCUCUUCACCACCCUCUGCUCCAUACUGCGCUACCAUCAAAUAAACCGAAUCCAGUUCGGCGACGGAAACUCCACAAUGCUGGUUUUGUGGGGAACCAUUGAGUUCAACGUUGGCAACAUUGUGUCGUCUCUGCCGUUUCUCGCCCCGGUAUUCAUGAGGAAGGCGAAGAGCUACCGUUCAAAGUACUCAGCCGGCUCCUCGCACGGACGGGGUCAGAUGAAGGGCGCCGAGAGAUACAAGCUCAGCGAGGUCAACAACAACAAGAGCGUUUUCGGUUCGGCAAGCAACACCAAGGGCGACAACGACAGCGAAGAGAAUAUUCUUCAGGAAAACAUUGUGAAGUCUAUGACAUACAGCGUUCGGGUCGAAGACAAGAUGGAUGACAAGUCUGGCUAG